GCCCAGCCGAGGCCUCCCGCCGAGCGGAGCCGAGCCCAGCCGAGGCCCCCCGCCGAGCGGAGCCGAGCCCAGCCGAGGACGCUCGAGCGAGGCCGAACCCGCACAAAGCCGCCGAGCCCAGCCGAGCCGAGCCGGACCGACUCUGGCUGAACCGAGGCCAAGAGUUCGGAACCGAGGAGGGUCGAAGCUACCCGAAGUAAAGAGCCGAGUCAGUCCGAAUGGGUCCGAGGCCUCACGAGGAUUUCCGAGCAGCUUGACACAGGCCCUCCUCACUGUCUAGGAAGAUGAGCCCGUUGUCGUCAACGGCCGACAGGGCUCACCGGCUCUGGGCAGACUCGCGACACAGUUUGGCCCCGUAAAGAGGGCCUUGCGCCGCAAGCUCCGUCCACCCCCGCCGCCGGUGAGAGCCGAGUCGGCCCGAGGCCGAGCCGAGGAAUUAAGUUUGUUCCAGAACAGGGCCUCUUCAUACACCGUGUCUGUUACAGUGGGGAAGACGUUAGUGCUCUUUUACCCACGCGUUUGACUUCUGCCUGACGCCCCUGUUCUUAGCCACAGUGUGAUUGCGGUAAAUCAUCCAAAGGAGAGUCCUGGGAGCCAGGCCGUGCUCAGGGAGAAUGAGCUCCUCUAGGUCUCAGGGGGUUAGAACCGCAUGUCCCACGAUAACUGCCCUUCGUGUGAUUUAAAUGCUGUAUCACUUAAGGUUUUUAAACAGUUUUUUUCCUAAGCCCCACAACUUCAGUGUAUAACAGUGGGCACCGGGGAGACACAUUUGAAAAGUUUAGGAGCUGCCUCUAAGAGAAGGAUUGGAAGGGAGAAAACCCCCUAACAUGAUACUGACUCUCGCAAGGACAGUUACCAGCCUGGAAAAGAACAGAUCAGGUUCAGAGAGAGCCCUGCCGGCAACACGAUGCAGCUUGGCUCACCCCUCCCUUGGCGUCCUGCUGCCAGCAUGUGCCACCUCUUCUAGAAGCCCAGUUCCAAGUCUCUGUUGCAGAUUCCCUGUGUUAGCCGGUUUAAAACUCUUGCCCAUGUGAGAUUCCACAGACUGGCACAGAAGGCCCCAUAUCUGCCCGAGAAGUCAUGGGAUCACCCACAAAAGCUCACCAAGCCUGAGAGUGUCUUUCCUGCCUCCCCCGAUACUAAAGAGGAAGAGGAACGGAGAGGCUGUGUGCAGGUCGCCGUCAAGCUUGCUGCCCAGCAACAGAGCUCAAGCUCCUUUUAUGGGAGGUUUUUUGCCAAACUCUAGAUUUAUAUAGGUGUAUUUAUACACGUAGAGACGUGUACACACCACAGAUGUGCAAGUAUCAUGAACCUCUUUUCAGACAGGCAGUCUGACCCAGGCACGUUCCAUCCAAGGCGGGGUCAGUGGAAUCUUCAAAUACAAAACCUGGGGAGCAGAAGUGAGGAAGGAGGGUCUGCUCACUCCUCAGCUUCCUGUCAUCUCAGGAUUGGGGAAAACUGAUACCUGCAGUGGGGGUCCGAGGACAUCGUUCUAGAGAUCACAUGACAAAGAAAGAUUGAAUUGCUGGUUUAGAAAAUUCUUAUUUUUGCAAGGCUAUUGGAGGCAGUGAAUAAAAUUGCAGAGGAAAGCAAAUGUCCGUUAUCGAUUAUGAAAAAAGACUUGUUAUAACCCAAACCAGAAAAGGUUUUCAUCUAAUUAUAUAUGUGUGGCAAAUACUCAGAAACCACAGAAGAUGAGGAAAGCUGUUGUUUGGGUAGAUUUGGGAUAUUUCUCCUGAGGGAGGCGUGGGUCUCACCCAGCCUGUCGCUCUGGCCUUGGUGAGAUGGAGCUUAAUCCCUGCACGCUGUGCCCCAGGUGCACGUUCUGAGAGCCAGAGAUGGUCAUGUCCUUUCCAAGGGCUGGACGCAGGUCCACCGCAAAUGCUUGUUUAUUAAAGAUGAGAUCAAAGGAGAAUGAAUGGGAUGGUUCCUGUCGAUGUUGAGCAAGGCCCAGGAAAGUAUCCUGUUGGGAUUUGGGCCUGACUGACGACUCUUUCUCUUCCAGGGAGAGGCUCUGCCAUGGUGCUCUCUUCGGUUCCUCUUCAAAUGCUGUUUUAUCUCAGUGGAAUGUACUACGCCCUUUAUUUCCUGGCCACGCUCCUGAUGAUUAUAUAUAAAAGUCAGGUGUUCAGCUACCCUCCCGCCUACCUGGCUGUCGACCUGACCCUGCUGUUUGUGAUGGGGAUUCUGGAAGGAAUUCGGUUACACUUGGGCAGCAGGGGCAACCUGACGGAGGCCGAGGGGCCGCUGGCCGCCAGCCUGGCUCUCACCGUGGGCACCGCCCUCCUCUCUGCCCACUUCCUGCUCUGGCAGACCCUGGUGCUCUGGGCGGACUCGGCCCUCAGCGCGGCGCUGCUGGCGCUCCACAGCCUGGAGGCCGUCCUGCAGGUGGUCGCCAUCGCUGCCUUCCUCAGGUAGACUCAGGCGCCCGGACGCCCGGGCCGGAUCCCCAGCCAUCACCUGCCCCAUUGCUGAACGGGAGGGGCAUUUUCCCCACCGAUAGGUGGUUUUGGAUGGUUCGCCUAUCGCUUUUGGCAGGGGUAAUGGCAGGACCCAGGGCAGGACAAGCUGCCGGGGGCCCAGGUAUCAGUAACAGCAGCAGGGAGGGGUCAGGGACCGCCCUGGGCAGCCUCGGAGGUGAACCCCAGCGCACCUGCCUGAGCCCGCUGGAGUGGGGGUCUAUCUUCAGCAGCCGGGCCCCCGCUGGCCCCGGGCCGAGAGGGAGCACAGGGCCCUUCAGAAAAGAGGCCUCCAGGCUCAGGUCCUCCUCCCUCAUCCUCCCCCCUCGCAUUCGUGGUGAGCGAGGCCAGGCCCCUACCAGGACUUCCGGCCGGGACUGCAGGUGGGUGGGCCUUGCCCCUCAGCACCAGCUGGCAGGCUUGGUGGAACCCAGCACGCUGGUUUCCAAAGGAAAAUAAAUGCCAACAAGCAGUCCCUCGGUGUUCGAAGUGUUUUCGCCUCAGCAGGAGGCGGAGUGGGGGCACUGGGCUGGGGGCUCACAGCUCCUGCUUAAAUUUCGGAGGCUCAGUCCGCUAAAACUUGAGCAGCAUUUGUGCUUACGCUAAAUGAAUUCUGUCUCUGUGACUUUUUUCGCAUUUCCAGAUUGACUGUAAAUGCUCCUUAAACAGUACCUAAGCUGUUAUUUCAUAGCAGUUUUCCUUCAUUUGUUUGUAUUCGUUUUCUGUGUUUGGAAUAAUACUAUGUGCAA